UUAAUUUUCAAAUGGUUACAAAUCUUACACAUCUUUUCUCUAUGUUGUUUGCAGAGUGUACAACUGAGUCCGAAGACCUGUAUAAGAUGCACAAAAGUGGAAUAAAUGACGCUGUCCAUAAAGUGUUGGAAAAGCAGGACCAAAGGGAACGAGAAAGAUUGAGUGAGCAGAUCGACCGUCUUCACAUAAGCAAGACUUCAGUGAGGGAAGUUUUUCAAGAAGUGAACAGUGUGCCGACAGGUCGCUCGCCAGUUCAGGAAGUGGCUGGUCGUUGGGAUCAGGGAGACAAAUCAAGAGUCCAAGAUAAACCUCGACCUUCAAGCGCGUGUUUUGAUGAAGUGGGCCGCCCGUCGACUAAAGACAAAGUGAAAGCGUCUUCUGUGAGCCCCAUUCAAACCUCACCGCCGUCUCGUUCAACUGGGACGUCGUCUCCAAAAAGAAAAGAAAAACCUUCCCAGACAGAUUUCAGGCCGAACCUGUCUCCAAAUUACCUGCGUCAAUCUUCGACCCCGGAAUCUUCCAGUUUCCGUCCUGCACCUGGAGUCCAUGUGCACUGCAGCAAUGUCACCGGACUUCAGGUUGGCGACAACAACACCAUGUACAUCAAUGAAUCCAGGAAACGGCACCCAACAGCGCCCCUACCGUCGAGUUCCAGCCGAAAUCAGCAGGAAACUCCAGGGACAAGACAGGAGGAUAAACUCAUAUGGAGCUUUUUUUCUCCUUAGUUCUCUAAUUUAACAGUUCUCCAUGCAUGAUUUAUCCGUUCUUACAUAACAGGAAGGUCAUGUUUUGUAAGUGAAGCUCCCUGUCUGAAUGAAUAGCUGUAUUUUUUAUUAUUUCAAAUAAGACUUUUCUUUUGUAGGCUGCUUUUUUUGUAUUUAUUGUGCUUCUUCGGGUAGAACAUUUUAAACCAAUGACGAAAAAUGUCACACCUCUCUUUUGCCCUGUCAGCAUUAUAAAUGAAGGCCAACUCAUGUGGUUUUUCUUUCAACUGUGUCAACAGAUAUCCACAGUUCACGGUGCCAAAAAUCGCCAUACGGAAUUUUGUAUUAGGAUACUAAAUAUUGUUCAUCAAACUAUACUGUAAAUAUCUAUGUUUUUGGAUAAGGUGCAAAUGCUGUUGGUUUCUUUUAUUCUAAUGCAUCCCUUUGUGGGUAUAUUUUUGCAAUGUCAUCGAUCAAUUGCAGCCGAGAAAAUGUUUCAACAACUGUAUAGACGUUUCGAAAUAAUCAAAAAAAUCAAAAAGGAAGGGGAAUUUUAACAGAAGUAUUUGCACAAUGUUUCCCAGAAUGUUGAAAUGAAUGUAGCAUGAUGUAGCUUCAAUGAAGUGUUGAAACAAACAUGUUUGGGAUAUUAAUCUGAAAUUGUUUGGUAGUAUGCUAAAAAAUAAUAGCUUGAAGGAUAGGCCUACUUAUCUUGUCUGGGAUGGGAACAAUAUAUAAAAUAUUCCAAGAGCUAUCCUUCAAUCCUAAUUAAGGUACGUAAGAGGACAUUACCAGUAUAAACAUUAAGAAGAUGGAUAUUCAUGUAUUAGUUGAAAAGGACUGUUUACUAUAACUCAAAGGUGCUAAUAAAAUUAUA